AUGGCUAUGUCCCAAGCAGCUCUCAAGGCUGAGCAGGCCAUUGGCCACGGCGACAAUGCUACCACUGUACAAGACGUUACGAACCCGGACAUCACGCCGAAUGCUGCUGGCGAGGGCACGAUGAAAGCGCUCGCCUGGAUGGGCAAGAACAAGGUUGAGGUGAUUGAGGUCUCAAAACCUAAGAUCAUGGAACCCAGAGACGUAAUCCUAAAGAUCACUGGCUCGACCGUGUGCGGCUCCGACCUGCAUCUCCUCCACGGAAGCGUUGUGGAGCUUCAAAAAGGCGACAUUCUCGGUCACGAGUUCUGCGGUAUUGUCGACGAGGUCGGCAGCGAAGUGACAAAGUUGAGGAAAGGACAGCGCGUUGUAGCGUCGUUCCAGAUCGCCUGCGGUAAUUGCUACUACUGCGACAAGAAGUUGUCUUCGCAAUGCGAAAAGACCAACGCGAACACUAUCGAAAACGCCAUGUACGGUGGACGCACAGCCGGCAUGUUCGGAUACUCACAUUUCACCGGCGGCUUCGCCGGCGGCCAGUCAGAGUACACUCGUGUUCCCUAUGGUGAUGUCAACCUCCUCGCUCUUCCCGAUAGCGUCCCCGACGAGAAGGGCCUUUACCUUUCCGACGUUCUCUGCACCAGCUGGCACGCAGUCGUCGAUACUGGUGUGAAGAAGGGUGAUGUCGUUGCCAUCUGGGGCGCUGGGCCUAUUGGACAAAUGGCAGCUGAAUUCUCGUUGAUAAACGGUGCCUCGCGUGUUAUCAUGAUCGACCAGAACUGGCGAUUGGACUUUGUCAAGGACCGCUACCCCAAUGUCGACACACUUGACUUCUCAUCUCUGGGCAAGGGUGAGAGCGUUACAAGCAAGCUCAAGGAAAUGUGCAAUAACCGCGGUCCUGACGUCAGCAUUGAGUGCGCGGCAGGCGAGUACGCAAAGGGCUGGGCCCACUACUUCGAGAUGAUGCUUGGCUUGGAGACCGACACCAGCGAGCUGAUCAACGAAAUGAUUACAUCUACCCGUAACUUCGGCAGCUGCGGCAUCACCGGCGUGUACGUCGGUUUCACGAACCACUUCAACAUCGGAUCUUUGAUGGAGCGUGGUAUUCGUCUCAUCGGCAAUGGUCAAGCACCCGUCCACCUCUACUGGGAGUCUCUCUUGAAGAUGGUCGAAGAGGGCAAGAUUGACCCGCUGAAAAUGGUUACGCACCGUGUCAGGCUCGAGGACCUCGACAAGGUUUACUACAAGUUUGAUGAGAAGGCGGAUGGCAUGCAAAAGGUCUUUGUGGAGACCCAGUUCAGUGCACCGGCAUGCAAGGGCAGCCCGCAACUGAAGAGGUUUUAA